AUGUCGCACGCUUGGCUGGAUUCGUUGACGGAGGACUGGGUGUCGCAGCCCGGGUCCUCGCCGGUGCAGCCGUCGCCGGCCCAGUUUGCGCUGGUCAAGUCGUCGGCCAAGAAGAGCUCGUCGCCAUCGCCAAAGCCCACACCGAGUCGCAUCCCGCGCGCGCCCUGGAGACACCCCGGCGCAGUCGUGCCCAAGCCGCAGGACAAGAGCAUGACGAUUCUCGAGGGCGAUCGCAGCCCCAAAGGCCGCGGCUCACCCAAGAAGCGCCUGCUCAAGUUCCCCGCCGACCGCAAGCGCGACGACAAGUUCCUCAAGCGCUCGCCGUCACCCGCAUUCACCGGAUCGGUGGUUGUGCGCAAGAGCAUUCCGGAUCAAAGCCCCGACACGCCGGGCAUGUCCAACACGCCCGAAUGGAAGCGACGACUGGUGCACGGCAAGAUGCAGUAUGGGGAGCAGCGCGAUCUGUUCAGCUCGGCGGCCGCUGGGCUGCAGGACAUGUUUAAGCCGCCGUCCUCCAGUGACGCCGACGCCGACUCGCCCUCGCCCUCGCCCUCGCCUUCUUUCUCCCACCAUCUCGACUCCCCCCCACCUGCGCAGGCACCGACAAUAAACUUGGAAUCUGAGGGAGAGCCUACCUCGGAUGAGGGCAUCUUUUCGGACCAAAUCACACCGAGUCCGAGCCCUAGAAGGCCUGGGCGGGAUAUCAAGUACAAACUUAACCAUACCGAAGAACACAACGAGGAAAACGACCAGCAACUCUCUCAAGACUCUCAGGACUCUCAGGACUCUCAAGACUCUCAAGAUUAUAGCUACCUUGCGAUCCCCUCCUUGAUUGACGGUAUAUCCAGAAAAGCAAGCGGCCAGAGUUAUACAAAAAACGAAGACUUUAGCCCCAUUUUGAUCGGUAGGCAAAGCGAUGACGACGGAAAGAUUGAAUUCACGCCUCUUGAAAUGCCUGCAGACGAACUACGGCAAAGACUCGAGCGGCUGCAGCUCAACCAAAUGAUCCUGGACCCUUCACACAAUGCCUCCGACAGCGCAGUAGACGCAAAGCCACCAAAUCCUAACCCGAUGGAUCCCUUCGAUCACGAAUACCAUUUUGAUACCUCUCAUGACAGCAGUAAUUCGUCUGGUGGGUCAAUGCGGCACCACGCUCUGAGCCCUGAUUUGGGCGUGGAUUGGUCGGAAAUGCUGGGCGAGGAUUCACUGCAAGCCAGCACGCCAAAGCAGUUUCCAAGUCUGCGAACUCAAGAAGCCGAUUCGAAAUUGGCAGAUUCAAAAUUGGCCAGUGGCUCGCUGUUUGAUAGCCCCGAUGUGCCUCGGGCUCCGUUCCCAAGCCCCAUCAAGAGGCAGGUUCGUGACAUUGGCGGCAGUCAAGCAAACUCGAACCCAUUGAAGCUUUUUGGGCCGUAUGACACUUUUACCAACCAAACCUUGCUCCGACGCAUCAGCCAGUUUGAAGAGGGCAUGUCUGGUAAAAAUUCGCGGGAGAGCUCGCGCGAGAGCUCGCGUGCCAAUUCGCACGAGAAUUCGCCAGAGGCAUCGCCUUUUACGCCGAGUCAUAACCAGAAACAAUUCGACCAUUCUCCUGCAUCAAACAAAUUUGUCAAUCAUUUUGGAGCUGGUGAGCUGGAAGGGUACGAGUUCACAAACGAGCUGUCUCACUUACCCGCCGAGCAGCAUUCCGGCUCCCUUUUCAAGGAAAACACAUCACCAAAUCCUCCCUUGGCUGCCAAAGGUGCCUUGAAGCUUAUCCCUCCAGAGUUAUUGCUCCACGAAUACUCUUCGCUGCAUAUUCGCAGAGAUCGGAAAAACUCCCGGGUCUCCUCAGCUGCUUCUGACAGUAGAUACGAUUUCAUGUCGUCUAGUUCACCUGACAAUUCUGCUAGUCCCCAGGAUGACGCCUACGAUGAGUCCUGGGCGACAAAGCGUGAUUAUGGGUCUGAAUCCAAGCGACCCAGAACGUCUCCCACUAAACACCCCACACCGAAACGACGCCGCACGCUUCAUCGAUCUGAUAUUGCAUUUGGUACUGAAAAUUGGAAGGCACUCUUGUCUCCCCAGCGCGAGAAAUACCUCCGGGGGCUCGCAAAACAGCGGAAACGCUCACAGUCUGACCGCUCCGGCUCUGGCGACACCCAUGACGUGGGACGAAUGUCUAGGGCCCAAUCUCGUUCUUCAGCUGCCACUUCAAAGUCAUCAAAGGAUGAUGCUCUUCAGGGCAAGUCGCGCCGGCCAACGGCCAAGUCGGUCAAGGAAGAGGCUGAGCUGAAUGCCCCCAGUGAUUCUGAGCGCAAGCCUUCCAUACGAACUCAGGAUUUCGUCGAUCAGGCUGCACAGAUCAUGGCCAUGAUUCGCAGCCAGGUCAGCCAGCCUGGGUUGACCAGCCUUGAAGAAUCCGAGUUGGAAAUCGGCCAAUCCAUGAUGAAUGCGACGAUGGAAGAGUCAGACGGAUCCACAGCCGAGCCCUUCUCCCGACCACCAAGUCGAGACGGGAAACCAAUACCCAGACGAUCAAGACAGCAAGAGGAUCCCGAAGUUGUCAAACGUCUCAAAAAGUAUCAAGAGCUGAGUGACAUGGGUGAUGUCAUCACUUCUUCAGUGAGAUCAAUGAGUCUUGCAAAGGAUGCAAUCCGUGCCGCCAAAGAAGUUGAGCGAAUGGUUGAUAAAGCCAGCAACCGUGCUCGGGCCGGCGGUGGUGGUUCUAAUUUUGAGUCGGCGAGUGAAUCAACAAGCCCUGUUCAUGAUCUCUUCUCCAGCGCCUCGGCCCGUUCCACCAGUCAUAUUUUUCCCACCUCUUCGUCGAGGGGCUCUGAAUCACGCAAGAUGAUUGCUCCCGAGAGCGUUUCGCACCUGAUUCCAGACAAGAUAGGUGGCAUGUAUCUGGAUAAACAAAACAAUAUUUGGAUUAAAAACAAGGAGUCGAAGAACUCUGCGACAUCUCACGCCAUGGGAUCCGAAGACACGGAGGAUGAUCCAUUUGCCAACAUAUCAGAUCUGUCGGUCGACAUAACGGAGGAGAUGCAGCAUCUGAAGCAGACACCUCGGGGCCGUGACGGGAUACCACUGCAAAAAGAGGGUAGCUCUCGACAGAGUUCAGCGCAAACACAUUCGCUAAAGAGCUACACGACUCUUGCAGCUUACGAACCCCUUGAUCCUGAAGUAGCGGCAAGGGCUAGGGGAGAGAUUGAAAAGCUCGAUGCUCAGCCCGGAGACAGCAUUAAGAGUACUGAGGAGGUAGGAGGCAGCAACCUGCAUGUUCUCAAGGCAAAGUCUAGUAUCGAUGCAUUGAGCUCUAAGCGUCGUAAUAUCACUAUUUCAUUUACCUCGCCCAUUGCGUCCAUCGUUUUGGGUGUGCUACCAGAGGAUAUUGAAGGCCUGGAGGACGAUCCGGAACCCGACACAUCGAUUUCUCCUCAGCUGCAGGCGGCUCCUUUCAGCACCCCAAAGAAUGUUACACCAAAGAAUGUUACACAGGGCUCCUUGCGAGGUCUUCGCGCCGGGCCGGUGUACGGGACCAUUUCUAGCACCAAGUUUACCCCUCGGCCUGUUUCGCGAAUAGACGAGCAAGAUGAGGAGAGCACGGUAGAGUUGCACAACCAGAAGCAAAGUCCAAAUGAGAGUCAAAGUCAGAGCCAGAGCCAGAACGAGCGACAUACUAGCUUUAUAGGCGACAAUACGUCUCUGAGCCUGAAAUCUCUCGACGGCGGGCCAGGCCUGGGGUUCCUUAUGAAUCAAACUCCAACCCCCGCAAACCGCCCCAUCUCGAUGAGAGCUGACGAUAGUCUGCUCAUUGGACGAAACGUGGGAAAGUAUUCGCUGAGCCCCCUCUCAGAGUUUACUGUGAACAAUGCAGACCGGUCCUUUGGGCUCGAAGUGAGCUAUGUCAUGGCCAAUAAGCGCAUGGCGACGGGCGACGGCUCAAAGAAGGUGCUGUCCAUGACGAUACGAGACCUCGUGGAGAAACUUUCCGAAGCUGAGCCGCAUGAGCCAUAUUGGGAGGAUAUGACCUCUCUUGCUCUCCCAGAUAAACAGCUGACUAGCUUACACAUGCUAAACGAGUUUUGCUCCAAACUCAUCACCCUGGAUGCGUCGAAAAACUCUCUGGGGCAUCUGGAUGGAGUCCCCGAGUGUGUGCGAGAUCUCAAAGUGUCCAACAACAUGCUGACGGAACUUACGUCGUGGGACCAUCUCAUCCAUCUCGAGUACCUUGACAUUUCUAACAAUGAAGUUAAGAGCUUGUCGGCGUUGAAGAGGCUCAUCCACUUGCGAAAUCUCAAGGCCGAUAACAAUCUGCUGACAACCCUGGAUGGGCUGGACACUCAUGAUGGCCUUUUAAAUCUCAGGGCGCGAAACAACUUUAUUGAGGAGCUAGAUUUCUCAAAGGUCAAGUGGGGACGCUUGACAAAGCUCGAUGUAGCUUCCAACAGGAUCUCGUCGGUUCGAGGCUUGCAUCUGCUCCCGGCGAUUUCCAAGCUCGAUGUUUCGGACAACCAACUGCAAACGCUUGUUUUUGAAAAGACCAACAGGGCGCUCCAAGAUUUGGAUAUCAGCGGCAACGACCUCGAAACCCUGGAUGUUCGAAAUCUUGGCAAUCUGCGGACGCUUUAUGCUGACCGAAACUGCCUUAGUCGCAUAUCUGGCUUCCGUCACGCUCGUCGGGUGGACAGCGUCUCUCUGCGUGAACAGCGAGGCGAGGACCCGCUCGAGCUGGAUUUCCUAACCAGUGCCUGCGAGAUAAGAAAGCUGUACUUGUCUGGAAAUUACAUGCAAUCAUUUACGCUGAGGACUGAUUUCCUCAACCUGCAGCUCUUGGAGCUAGCGAAUUGCGGACUGGAGGUGUUGCCCGAUGAGUGCGGCCAGUUAAUGCCCAAUUUACGAACGCUGAAUAUCAAUUUCAAUGCUAUUCGGGAUCUAUCCUCUUUGCGCUUCAUUCCACGACUGAAGAAGCUGCUGGCGGCUGGGAACCGACUUUCAAACACGAUGGCGGUAACGGAACUUUUGACGGAUUUCCCUCAUCUCACUGAGCUGGAUCUGCGAGAUAACCCCAUCACCCAGGGUUUCUAUCCUCCUGUGCAGAUGCUAAUCAGCGCGGACACGCUGGGAAGCGCUGACUCGUUUGUCAUGCCAGAUGCAGACGUGGAGAGAGAUAGGGCUUUUGCGAAGCGACGAGAUGAGACUACAAAGCUGCGUCGCCGACUCUAUGAAGUGGUGUAUGUUGCUAGUUGCAAGCGUCUCCGCAAAUUAGACGGUCUGGAGAUUGAUCGUGAGAGGAUAUUGACCAAGGAUGUGCUCCUGCAGAGACUUGUUGACGAUGGGCUUUUACCAGAGCUUGAAGACACUUUGGUUGACGAUCACGAGCCCUCACAGCAGCAAGAGCAAGCGGCGCCGCGGCCACGUAAUACAACCAGAGUGCCACUUAAUACAGCAAGAGAUUACACUCAAGAUUCGACGAGGAGUCGAUGGAAUGCUGAGGAUAGCUUUGCCUGA